GCGAAACUUAUUAAUAAAGCACUUGAUGAAUAUUUUCCUGAUAAAACGGUGCAAGUGAUAGCAGAGCCAGGAAGAUAUGUUUGUGAUUCUUCAUACACUCUUUAUUGCAGCAUUAACAAUGUUAAACAGGUAAUAAAAGAUAAUGAACUUGUGAAAAUGAUUUAUCUUAACGACGGACUCUACGGAACUCUGAGAUAUAACGAAUCAUGGCACAAAGUGAAAAGAUACCGGGUGUCUACCGAUGAAGAGACUUUAAACAAAGUGAUACUCUGGGGGCCGAGUUGCGACUCCGUAGAUCGUGUUAUGGAGAACUUCACAAUACUACUCCCAGAAUGUUCGCCGAGCGAUUGGCUCAUAUUACCGAUCCAAGGAGCGUAUUCGAUAGGAUUUGCUACUCAAUUCUCUCGUAUACCAACGCCACGAACAAGAAUUGUAAUUAGUUCUGAACUUUGGCACAAAGUGAAAGACAGCAAGGUUUUCAAGUCGUCCGAUUUUGUACUGAACCCGGAUAUCAACGAGCCGCUUCCAACGUCAAUGCCAAAAGUUAUUCCGAAAAAUAUUACUACAGAUUUUCAAGGUCCUGUGUUAUUAACGUAAAUAAAUUACGACUCAUUAAGCCUUACAUUUUUAGUUAAAAAUUGUUUUUAAGAACA